GAUGAAUGGAAAUGAAGAGAUUUUGGGACAAAACGAAUUCCAUCAAUUUUUCGGCGUAUGAUGUGUAGCGCAUGCGCACCGCUUGCUCUUCCUUUUUGAUAGCUUCUUCACCAUGGCGCCUAUUAAGAAGCAGAAUGCCAGCAAAGGUGGUAAGAAGAAAAAGCAGGUCCUAAAAUUCACACUGGACUGCACGCACCCCGUCGAAGAUGGCAUCAUGGAUGCUGCCAACUUUGAACAGUUUCUGCAGGAGCGCAUUAAAGUGAACGGCAAGGCCGGGAACCUUGGUGGCGGUGUGGUCUCCAUUGAGAGAAGCAAGAGCAAGAUUACAGUGUCCUCUGAGGUGCCCUUCUCCAAAAGAUACCUGAAGUAUCUGACAAAGAAGUACCUGAAGAAGAACAAUCUCCGUGACUGGCUGCGUGUUGUUGCCAACACCAAGGAGAGCUAUGAGCUCCGCUACUUCCAGAUUAAUCAGGAUGAAGAGGAGGAAGAAGAUGAUGAUUAAAAUGGCAAUUAAUCUGAUUUUGUGUAUUUAAAUAAAUGUUGUUUACAAUA